GUGGGACAACAACCAGCGGUUGUGCAUCGCCACAGGAAAAACCGGAAGAUGGCGGCGUUAAGAUUAAGGAUGGCGCAGGCGGGUGUCGUUGCGAAGUGCUUUGCUGACUUCAACACGAUGCGUGAUUGUCAGUGCCUUUCAAUUUUCAGUAGGUACAUCCAUCAGGGCUAGGAAAAGCACGCUAAGAGCUGGAUUAACACGGAUGGUCAUUUUUUGUCGCAAUAAAUAUGCAUCGAGACAAGGCUGUCAGGAUGAAAGAGAUUUCAAGAGCCGCCCAGAUGAAUGAAGAAGAACAAGUCGGGUUGUUAAGAGAAAACUACGAAGAUCUCGAGCAAAGCGUCGAAUCGAAAGAUGAGGAAGAUACAUUCACAGAAAAGCUAGUAAAACCUCGAAGACCACAGCGAUAUUGGGCCAAGAGCUGUGUCGUCCUACUACUGUCGAUAUGCACUCUCGUGCUUAUCGUACAUUGGUAUCGAGGACCGCGAAAACGUGGUACAGCUGUUCCCUCGGCGCAGGCAAAACUUCGAUCAGAAGAUGACUACAUUCUGGAUCCAAGUUGGGACUUCAAUGCCGCACCCAUUACGAGAGAAUUCAGUUGGAUCAUACAAGACCACGAACUGAACCCAGAUGGCGUAUAUCGACCGAUGAUGCUCAUCAACUCCACUUUCCCCGGCCCCUUGAUCGAAGUCAACGAACACGACGAAGUAAUCGUACACGUGCACAACCGCGCCACAAACGCGACAUCCAUACACUGGCACGGUCUCUACCAAAAUGGCACAGUCCACAUGGAUGGCACAGUAGGCAUAACAAAUUGUCCAAUCGCGCCCGGCCAGUCUUUCACCUACCGCUUCAACGUCACCGGCCAGAGUGGGACCUACUGGUACCAUAGCCACGUCUCCAUGCAAGCCUCAGACGGCCUGGUCGGCCCGCUCGUUAUACACAGUCGCCAGGAGAAAGAGCUACAGGAAGUUCAGUACAAGCAAGACCGCGUGGUCUUGCUCUCAGACCACUACUACGAUCCCUCGCCCGAGCUGCUGAUGCAGUACCUCGCCCCCGGCUCCGAAAACGAUGAGCCCGUUCCCCCAUCUGCACACAUCAACGGCCGUAACGUGCGCAACUGCACUGCGCUACCCGGUCGGAAUUGCUCCACUCACGGCUUGAGCAAUGCGCUCUUCUCUCUACCUUCGAAUGAGAGCACACGCUUACGCAUCAUUAACGUCGGCGCCUUCGCAGAGUUCUCGUUACAGGUAGAUGAACACGAGUUCAGCGUCACGGAAGUAGAUGGCACAAACGUGCAUCCGCAAGCUAUUCACCGACUCAACAUUAACCCCGCGCAGCGGUACAGUAUCGUUCUUUCUCCGCCAUCGGAGCCGAAGGGUGAGGGGUAUUGGAUGAGAGCACGGAUGGUGACGCAUUGUUUUGCUUAUGAGAAUCCGGAGAUGGAAGAGGAAGUGUGGGGUGUGGUGCGGUAUGAUACUUCGUCCCUGGUUUCUGGUGGGAAAGUAGGGGGUGGAGAAGUGGAGAAGCCGCGAAGUAGAGACUGGCCAGAGAUCAUCGAGGUUGAAUGUCGCGAUCUCAACACGACUACGCUGCAGCCUGUUGAGGUUGUGAGGGCCCCGGAGAAAGCGGAUGAUUUUAUCUACUUGAGGAGUAGUUUCCAGAUCGGCAACUGGAGACUUAGUCGUGGGUUCUUGAACGAGAGCUCGUGGAGAGGCAACGCAACGAGAACAGUUCUGCACACGUUACUGGACAGCAACAAGGCUACGGAUAUAGACGCUGUGGGGGCUGGGUUCGACAUGACCAACUUUGACGGAAAGACGCAGAUGGUAUACACAACCCACGGUAUCCGAACCAUCGACAUCCUAAUCCAGAACAUGGAUGACGGAAACCACCCCUUCCACCUCCACGGCUACAAAUUCUGGGUCCUCAAGCAAGGGAAGGGGUACGCACCGCAACCCUUUUCCACACCUUCUCUAUACGACGGCAUCGACCUCAUAAACCCAUUGAGGAGAGAUACAGCCAGUAUUGAAGCGUAUGGGUGGAUGCUGAUACGUUUCGUCGCCGACAAUCCUGGCGCGUGGGCUUUUCACUGCCACAUUGGGUGGCACAAUGAGGCAGGGCUGGGGAUUGUGUUUGCUACGAGGGUUGAUGAGAUACGAGAAGUGCCGGCGGAGGUUAGGGAUAUGUGUGAGGUUGAGGGGGUGGAGAAGGGUAUGGGUCCUGAAGACAGUCUGUGGGAAGGUGUGUGGGAUUGAGAUUGGAAGAGCUACAGUCCUGCGUUCACAGUGUAUAAUAAUGAACAGAGA